GGAUGAUUCCUCUCCAGAGUUUGUUUUUGAAUGGAAGGAUGCUCUUUUCCAGUAGAAGAUGGUGAUCCUAAUUUAUGAUCAUGGAGAAGGGGAUAAGUUCAGUAGAAGUGUUACCUUCCAAAUCAUCUCAGGUUACAGCUGUAAAAGUGCUGGUCAAAGAGCCCGAAGCAAAGCAAACCCAAAGAGGGAAACGAGUGGGAUUUGUGCUUGUCCAUGCAGGUGCAGGUUAUCAUUCCGAAUCCAAAGCUAAAGAGUACAAGCAUGUGUGCAAAAGAGCCUGUCAGAAGGCAAUUGAAAAGCUACAGGCUGGUGCUCUUGCAACAGAUGCAGUGACUGCAGCACUUAUAGAAUUAGAGGACUCUCCUUUUACAAAUGCAGGAUUGGGGUCUAACCUAAACCUUCUGGGUGAGAUAGAAUGUGAUGCCAGUAUAAUGGAUGGAAAAUCAUUAAAUUUUGGAGCAGUUGGAGCACUGAGUGGAAUCAAGAACCCAGUUUCAGUUGCAAAUAGAUUGUUGUGUGAAGGGCAGAAGGGAAAACUCUCUGCUGGCAGAAUUCCACCUUGCUUUUUAGUUGGUGAAGGAGCUUACAGAUGGGCAGUUGAUCACGGGAUACCAGCAUGUCCUCCAGGAUUUAGUUUGGCAGCGUUUAAGAGGAACAAGAGGAAGCUGGAGUUGGCUGAAAAGGUGGAAACAGAUCUCAUUCAGCUAAAGAAAAGACGACAAUCAAAUGAAAAGGAGAAUGACUCAGGAACACUGGAUACAGUUGGUGCAGUUGUUGUUGACCAAGAAGGAAAUGUUGCUGCUGCUGUCUCCAGCGGAGGUUUAGCACUAAAGCAUCCUGGAAGAGUUGGUCAGGCAGCUCUUUAUGGUUGUGGCUGCUGGGCUGAAAACACAGGAGCUCAUACCCCUUACUCCACUGCUGUGAGUACUUCAG